CGCAAUAUCCAUUGAAUAUGGGAAGAGAAAAUAAAGAAUCUGUUUCAAAUGCUCUUGCACUGCAGUUAACUUCUGAUGGUAAAGUCAAAUAUGAUGUGAUUGCUCGUCAAGGUCAGAGAAAAGAUAAAGUGAUUUAUUCAAAACUAUCUGACAUGCUUCCAUCUGAGGUGGUCAAUGAAGAUGAUCCUUCCUUGCAAAAGCCUGAUUCAGAAGAUGUUGCAGACAUCACUGAAAAAACAAGAGCAGCACUGGAAAAGUUGACUAAUUCUAAAGUUUCGGCUGCAUUACCAGUACGAGCGGCCGAUAAACCUGCUCCUGUACAAUGGUUCCGGUACACCCCUACCGAACAAGGACAAGAAUAUAAUUCCGGUUCAAAACAACGUGUUGUAAGAUUGGUGGAGGCUCAAAAAGAUCCAAUGGAACCACCUAAAUUUAAAAUAAACAAAAAAAUUCCCAGAGGUCCUCCAUCGCCCCCUGCACCAUUAAUGCAUUCACCAACCAGGAAGACAUCUGUCAAGGAACAGAAAGAAUGGAAAAUUCCACCGUGUAUAUCCAAUUGGAAGAAUGCUAAAGGUUACACAAUUCCAUUAGAUAAGAGAUUAGCUGCUGAUGGUCGAGGUUUACAACAAAACCAUAUAAAUGAAGAAUUUGCCAAGCUGGCCGAGGUUUUAUACAUAGCAGAUCGUAAAGCCAGAGAAGCUGUUGAAAUGAGAGCUCAGCUGGAAAAGAAAAUGGCACAAAAAGAAAAAGAAAAGAAAGAGGAACAUCUUAGAGCAAUGGCUCAAAAAGCCAGAGAAGAAAGAGCAGGUAUUCGGCUCCCUGGAUCUGCAAAGAAUGACGAAUCUCGCGAACGUGAUCAAUUACGUCUGGAACGUCAAAAAGACAGAGCUCGUGAUCGUAACCUUGCUAGAAAUGCUGACAGCCGUAAAAACAAAGUAUUACGAGAUCGAGACAUCAGUGAACAAAUUGCUCUUGGUCUCCCAGCUAUCACUAGAAAAACUGGAGAU